AUGGACCAGGCCUGCACCCCCGAGGCCCUGGCCGUCAGGCUGCUGCGCUUCCAGGCCCUCCGCGCCGCCGCCGCAGCGGCCGGGGCCCCGCCCGGCGCGUGCGCCGCGGCCGCGUCCGGCGUGCGCGCCGACUGCCUGGCUGAGCUGGCAUUUGACCCCCAGCGCCCGGGCCCGCCGCGGCACCUGCGGGACGGAAAGGCGGCAUGGCACGCCGCACAGCAGCUGGGGCUGGAGGGCGCGUGGACGGCGGAGGCUGACUGGGUCAACGAGGCAAUGCGCGAGCACGCAGCCGCGCAGCGCGCCCGUGGCGCGAAGGCCGCGGCCGCGCUUUUGUCGCGCGGCGGCCCCGGCGCGCCCGCAUCCGCAGCGGGCGCGGCCGCCGCGGUGGCGCGGCGCGGCGCGCUGCUGCUGCUGCAGGCGGGCGUGGUGGCGGACGCGGCGGCGGCGGGGCCGUGGUGUGGGCUGGCGGCGGAGUACCACCAGCGGCUGGCGGGGCUGGCGGAGGGGGAGGGGGAGGAUCCACUCCAAGCGGCAGCAGCUGAGGAGGACAGCCGCCCUGAAACGUUAACCCCCCCGCCGUCUGCCGCGCGCGUCCUGGAGGCCAUGGAUCGUGCGGCCGAGGCGGUGGGCCCCGGGGCCCUGCUGGCGGCCGCCCCCUGGUUCCACGCAGAUCACCUGCUGGGGGCAGGCGGCGCCGCGGGAGCAGCGGCCGCGGCUGCGGAGGGGCCGGCCGACAAGGAGUGCGACUGGUGCGGGGAGGAGGCGCCCACGGGCGUUCAGAGCAGCGGCGGCCUGGAGUGCGCGUCCUGCGGCUGCGCGCGCUACUGCAGCCAGGGCUGCGCGGCGCGGGCGGCCCCGCUGCACGCGCGCAACUGCUGGCAGCUGCGGCUGCUGUCGGCCAAGGGCGUCGUGCUGCGCGCCAGGUUUGACCCGGAGCGGCCGGCGUUUGACUACGGGGAUGACCCCCGGAAGCAGCAGCGCCCCUGA